CAGUACCACCACGUAGUAUUCCACCAUUUACAUUCAAAAAAUGUCUCCCAAGUGCUUUCUAGUGUUGUUACUUGCAGUGGUAGCUUUCACCACUGCCUCAUUUGCUGAUUUCGACAUACCACCCCCUCAAGAGCACAGACCACCACCCCCAACUGGAGAACCACCCAAGGGAGACGAGCCACCUCCAUAUGAGCACAAGCCACCACCUUAUGAGCACAAUCCACCAACCCCAAUUGGAGAACCACCGAAGGGAGACAAGCCACCACCAUAUGAGCACAAGCCACCAACCCCAUUUGGGAAACCAACUAGGGGUGAAAAACACUUACUAGAAGAACACAAACCACCAACCCCAAUUGGAGAACCACCCAAGGGAGAGAAGCCACCACCAUAUGAGCACAAGCCACCAACCCCAUUUGGAAAAGCACCUAGGGGUGAAAAGCACUUACUAGAAGAACACAAACCACCAACCCCAAUUAGAGAACCACCCAAGGGAGAGAAGCCACCACCAUAUGAGCACAAGCCACCAACCCCAUUUGGAAAACCCCCUAGGGGUGAAAAGCACUUACUGGAAGAACACAAGACACCAAAAACCCCAAUUGGAAAACCUCCCAAGGGAGAGCAGCCACCACCAGAGCACAAGCCACCAACAACCCCAAUUGGCAAACCUCCCAAGGGAGAGAAGCCACCACCAGAGCAUAAGCCACCUAGGGGUGAGAAGCUUGAGCACAAACCACCAACCCCAUUUGGCAAACCUCCCAAGGGAGAGAAGCCACCAAGUCAUGGUCACCACCCCGGACACCCUCCGGUGGCAAAAGUUGAAGACUUCCACAAGCCAUAUGUUCCCCACAAGCCACCCCACAAAGUUCCAUCACCUCCCCAUUCCGACUGAUCGGUGUGUCUUUGUACUAUGGGUAUGAAUUGAAAUAAGAGUCAUUACCAGCUAAUCUUGUUUGUUAUAUUUUCUGAGUUGGUGUUGUAUGAUCGGCUUACUAGUGGUAGUGUGCUCAUGUUAUCAAUUAUGUUGUUUCCAUUGUAGUGUGAACUUGUUUUUUUAUAUUUUCUGAGUUAGUGUUGUAUGAUCAGCUAGUACUAGUGGUAGUGUGCUCAUGUUAUAUAUUAUGUUGUUUCCAUUGUAGCGUUGGUGCUCUGUACUUGUUGGCUAGAUGAUGGUCAGCUAUAUAUAUGGAGAGAGGUUAUGUAGCA